CAGGGUCUUGGCAAUAUGGCGGCGCACGGCACCUGUUCGUUCUCCCCAUCCAACUUGUCUCCCACCUCGGUGUCGCCACCAGGACCGCCGCCCACGCCACCCCCCACCUCGACCGCGAUCUCAAAAUCACCCCUGGAGUCGAAGGCGAGCUCGCUGAGCCCGGUGCCUCACUCGACCUGCCAUGAGGAUUCGUUGCCCCUUGCCGUGUUUUAUGGGCCACUGGAUGCUAAAAACCCACUCCUGGUCUCCUGUGAGAAGGAGAUCCAGGAGUUGCUAGGCUUUAUGAAGAGAAAGAAGGCUUUAGCUACAACGGAGGAACAGAAGCAUGAAUUCCACCGGCACUGUGCCACCUCUCUGUUUAAUAUCUGGACCAAAUACGCCCCCCGGCUGCCAGCUGCCUAUUACAACGAGAAGCUUCUGAAAGUUGGAGAUAGCCUUUGUGAAAUGAAAGAAUAUAAGUUGGCCCUUUUACAGUGCUAUGGGAGGUACCUUCAGCAGUUCACCGUCAACUUUGAUGAGCAUAAAGCAGACGUGAACGAAUUCAAAGCUGUAUUUUUUCCAAAAGGCCUUGGAGACAAAACUGCUGCACAAACAUUUCAUGCUUUAAAUGGCAAAAAUAUUUGCAGCUACCAGCUAGUCUGUGACAGUGACACAAACCUGCAGAAUAGAGAAUCUGUGAUCCAUUGUCUGCACAUCUUGUCCUCCUUGAGACUCAUCAUGCAGGUGGCUUUGCCACAGGAGUGCCUUUGCUGGAUUAUCUUCAAUGGUACCAUUUACAUUUACACCAUUUGCAGAAAGCUGAUGAUCAUAGGUCACUCUUCCAAGGCCUUGGAAUAUCUCCUGUGGGCCAGUAUGUGUAUGGAGUCCUCGGUGCCACUCCUGGCCGUCAGGUACCUGACGUGGAGAGCCAGCCUCUACACCGCCGUCUGCCAGUGCUACUAUGACUGCCACGCGGGUGUCCACGGAGAGGCGUUUGCUCGGCGUGCUUUAGCUAAAAUUGAUGAGUUAAGGCAACUGGAAUUAAUGAGUUCCUCACCAUCGCAGGAGGAGUCCAGAAGAUGUUACAGAGAGGCCACGAUAAAGAUGGCAGUCAUGAUCUUCAAAAGAGGAGUGUUUGAAUCGCGAAGAAAAAACAAAAGUCUCUUUAGACCAAAGAUAAGAGUUAACCUAAGGGAAGCACAGAUGCUGCAGUGGCCCCGUACUGUCACAGAACGGCUGUUGGAUGAGAUGUUUGAUAGCACCGCGUCCCGAUUUCUGGCCGUCUUGGAAGCUCUUUCUGAUUCAAAUCGGCGAACCCUGCAAACUGGGCCCGUUGUUACGGAAGAAGUAGAAGUUCGUGAUGUUGUCUCAGAACUGUUUAUAGCAGGACGAGAACUACUCAUCACAUCAAACACUGGUGCAGAAGGGACGCUUGAUUUUCCAAAAUCAUCUCUUCUGCCACUUAUUAUACAAAGAAAAAAUGUUAUUUCUGUGGAUGCUGCUGUGAAGUUUAUAAAAUUAGCUUUUACUUACGAGGAAUGGAGUUUAUUUGAAUCUUCAGCUGGGCAGCUUAUUGAUUUUCUCCAGAGGCAGGAUGAUCCAGAGUCAAAGAAAGCAGAGAAGGAGUUACUUCUUCUGAUUGCAAUAGAACCUUUAAUCAAUGUAAAGAGAAACAAAGGUUUGAUCUUUCCUCUUGAAAACUUCAAAGAAGGUCAAGUUUACUGUAAAAAAAUUGCUUUUCAUGAUACCUGCGGGAAGGCUUGUGGACAUUCAGAAGAUGUUUUCCUUUUGGCGACAACCUUAUAUUCCUGCGUCUGUGACUCUCCACAGGAUGCUCAGCCUGAUAAAGAAAUUGUGGUGGACAUGAUAAUGUUCCUGUGGCAGAAAUGCAAAUUAGGCCUCCAGCGGCUCAAUGUGGCCAGGAAUGACUCUGCGAAGUUCACCCAGAAAAUCAGUACUAAUAAAUGGGUUUACCUUCUCUGGCAGAUAAAUGAAGUAAUUCACUGCUAUAACAUGGAAAACAUUGACGUGGUGGUGGUGGCAGAGGUCACAUUACGAUUAAGUGAAAUACUGGAGUCGUUAGGAAACCCAAGAAGAAAACUUAAAAAGUCUCUAGAUACACCUUUAAAAGAUGGGACUAAUGAAUUGCUUGGGACUCAGAAAGGGAGCAUGGAAACUCUUCCAAUACUAAAGAAAAAACCUGAGGAACAGUUACUUUUGGCCUAUGAACUUCUUGAUAAAGCAAUUGAUGGAGUAAAUUUGAACUGCAUGUUAACUGCUUUGCCAAAUGGAUCAUCAGUGAUUGACCAUUGCUAUGCCAUGCACACCAACUAUAUAGACGGAGACCUGUGCAAACCAGUCACACCAAAUAGUUUCAUGAUGGAUUUGCAUCUUGAGCUAAUUCAAGCCCAGCACCGAAUAGCCGUUCUGCUUCUUGACCAAUUGCAAGUUUUGCAGACCCCAACUGUUAGAAAAAAUGUAUCUACCACGGGCCCGGAGAAGCUAAAAAACUCUGGAAGCCCUGAUUGUUUUACAGAAUUAAGUGUAAUGAAUAAAAUAAGGAAGAAUAAGCUAUCCAAAGCAAUUUACUUGAUGCAGAAAGCUCUUCUGAUGUUUGAGAAAGAUGCGACCUGUUCAUCUGUCCAUAACUUCUUGAUGGAAGCUUAUUCUUUAAUUGAGAAGAUUGAAGCAGAACAAAGUAUACUCUAUUCAUAUCAGAGAUAUUUGGAAAUUACCAAAAGAAGGAAAAGCAGAGUCCCUCCUCCACCCAUUCUGCUGGCCCGAACUCAUUGUUCUGUGACAUUGAAACCGGCUCCUUUUAUUUCGGAUGUUAAGGUCUCCUGGUACUGCAUUUUGGGAUGCAAAGCAAAAGGGAGCUAUGGAAAAGUGAGACUAAAUAAUAACCAUCUCCCAAACUCAGGGGAAGCGAUACCAGCUGAUGGCAAAAGCAUCUUUGAAGUAAAAGGUUUAGAAACCAAUGAAAAAUACAUCUUUGCAGUUGCUGCUUAUUGUUCUAAUGGGAAGCUCAUUGGAGAUGCUGUUGGGGAGACAACUAAACCAAUUCUGGUUUACCCACCUCUUUCUGCUGUCACUACUCGGAUGUUACUGACACAGGUCGCCUAUCAGAUUGGGAACUACCAGUUGGCUAAGAAAGUCUUCUCACCAGUCUGGGAUUACUUUGUUGUUUCGCCACCUCAGGAUGACCAAUCCGUUGUCUGCUUAAGCAAUAUAAUGACUAUUACACAGAGAAGAUUACAUUCAGAUAUCUUGGCAGAGACGUCUUCAAUUCUCUUAUAUCUUUUUCUUAGAAAUAUUUUUGUAACAAGUGACAUUAAAAUUAAAGAGGAACAUCUUUUCUGUGAUAAUAUUAAAGGCAAUGAGAUUUUCCCCUCUCAACAAAUUGCUAGACUAAUUGAAUGUGAGAGAGUGUUAGUGGCAUUGGAACUUAGCAACUACCUAAAUGACUCCACUUAUGCCCUUCAAGCAGUGACUCAAUGCUAUGGCCUCCUGGCUCCUAUAAUCUAUCACAAUAUUGUUUUGGUACCCGUUGUACAGAUCUUGAUAAAAUGUAUAGUGGUUUUGCAAGGACUACCAAAUAUCAUCCACUCAAAGAAACACAUCGCGAGCUUUGAAAGUGUGCAGCACAUGAUAGCUUGUUGUAUCUUCUAUAUAACAAAGAUUCUGCGUUCAUGGAAGGAGUAUGACCUGGCAGUAGCAAUUAUAAAUUAUGGAAAAAAGAUGUUGGACAUCACAUCCGGAUGCAAAUCUCUGUUUGGUGCUGCUGAACACGAAGAGGUGCAAGACGAGGGUUCUUCGAAGAAGUCUUCCAAGACUAAGAAGCCACAGCAGAUAUUACUACCUGAAAAAAUAAAUGAACAGCUGGUCUUACUGGAGACACACCUACUCAAACUGACAAAGCAAUAUGUUACGACUGAACUCUCAGGAGCAGAGGAUCCUAUAUUUCUUUACCCUAUAGUUUUAAAUUGGUCGGUCAAAAGUGCCGUGAAAGAAGUUAUGAAAUUUAAGCAGAGACCUCGAUUCCUGGAAUUCUUUACCCAAGUUAUGCUCAAAUGUAUGAAUGAUGAAAAAUUUCAAAUUAUGGUGGAGAUAACAAAUCCUGUCCAUGACUUCUUGAAAAGGAGGAAUGAGUCCCUACUUGGAAUUAAAAAAAUGAAAUAUAAGGAAGGUACUUUGAGUAAAAAGGCCACCAAACCUUUGCAGAAGUUCAGCGCUGCAGUCCUGGAGAUCGGAAGAACAGAUACGAUGCCAAGAAAAAGAAAUAAAAGAAGGGAAACUCUAAGAGAAUUUUUGAAUAAAAAUCCUUGUGUUUCUGAAAUGGGAGAGCAAGAAAGAAAUAAGAGAACUGAUGUUCGAAAAGUAGCAUAUCGAUUCCUGAUGGAUAACUUGAAUCCUUUAAUAUUAAAUUAUGUGAAAAGGAAGAGGUUCCAUCAAAUAUGUCUUGAGGAGAUGCCCUGGAAAGCUCAGAUGAACCUUUAUCUGGCAAAUGCACACUUCAACCUGCUUUUAACGAAGCUAGGGGAGCGUAUGAAGUUGAAAUAUGGCACCUCACCUAUGAUGGUCAGUUUCCGAUCAUGUGAUCCUAGUAUGUUCUCACUGUAUAAUUCAGGAACAGUAUUACCAACAGGAAAACUGACUCUAGAAAACUAUAAAGUGAUGCUUGAUUUCCUUCUUACAGUUAAAAAAAGAAAGGCCCACUUACCAUCAGAUGCUGAAGAAUUCUCGGCAUUUCUUAAUUCCAAAACGAGUGACGAAGAUGUUUCCAAAACGCAAAUGGUUUAUGAAUCAGACUCUCAGUCAGGUCUCAGUGGGAAAGAAAAGGAUCAAUCCACCCAUGUGGGUCUAUUGGAUCAUUUUAUGAAGAUCUUUCUCUAUUGCAGGAGAGCAAUGGUUCUGGCUCAUCGUGGGGGCUAUUGGACUCUGCUUCAAAACUGCUGUAGGGCCCUAUGGAACUUUACCCAGGAGCUACAGAUACUUCAUAAACAAGCGGUGGAUCUGUAUAAAUCAUUUCCCAUCAGCCAGGAUGGCUUUCUCUGUAUCUCUGUUUUACCAUUCUAUUUGGGAGCAGAAUUACUUAUUGACAUGUUAAUAGAACUACAAAAUAUCAAUUCUAUUAAGACUAUUGAAGACAAAGGAGAGUUCAGUGUUCCAAGUUGCUAUGGAAAUAUUAAAAAUGACAGCGGUGGUUCUAGCCUUACUUUUGAGGAUCCUUUGGAUGAUGUAAAUGUAGUUGAUUUGAAAUGGAUCCACGACUUCGUAUUAAAAUCUCUGCAACUUUUAUACCAAGUGGAAAAAUGGGAAACGCUGGUAUCACUUGCCAUUCAGUUCAAUACAAUUUCACAUGAGAGAUAUACAGAGCAAGUGACACCACUCCUGGUGUAUGCACAGCGCCAGCUACUUCUACGAAUAUCCAAGUUCAAGGACCCAGAUAUUACCCAACAGCCUUGUGUGAGAUAUGAGGCUGAGCAUGAACAAAAGAUUACCUGUCGAAAUUUCAUUGGGAAACAACUCAAGAUUAAUCCUCCAACCAAUGAAGUGACAACGGCUGGAAACCACACAGAUUUCCUUAAAAAGCUUAUCUCUUCAGAAUACAGCAAAGCCAAAGGGCUCCUCUGUGUGCCCGUGGACGUGACAGACACUUUGAGAUGUUUUAGAGAGACCUUGGAAAAAUCCAAAUAUCAUAACAGAUCAAUCCGACACAGCAGAAAGUUGCUUUCCUUAUUUCUUGCACAGACACAAGGAGACAGAGGAGGAAGGAACAACUUGAAGCUCACUCCGGGAAAGGUGGAGUUUUGCCUGGGGACAGAGGAGAUGCACCUGCCAACCCCCCCUGACCUUUCGCAGGAGCACUUCCGAGUUUUCAGCUCCGUGGAGAAAAGCAAACUUCCCCAUUCACAGCUUGGACUCGUAAUUUCUUCUUAUUAUGAAACCAUUAAUGUUCUUCAAACCAGCAAUCAAAGGAGUCUUAACGUUCAGGCAUUGCAUGAACUGGGAAAUCUUCUCAUCUUCGCACAAAAGAAAAGGGAUGCUUUUAAAUGCUGGCGUCAAGCUCUUGACGGCAUAUUCAGGAAAGAAGACGUGCUCCGUACGUGGAAGGAGUUUGGCGCCUCCCUCACCCAUGCCACCGACAGCUCUUCACCUCCGGUUUCCAAAGACUACAGUGAGGAGUUUCUGGCGAAAGUUGGCAUUUGGGGAUGUUUGCAAGGAGCGGUGAUAUCUGCAAAGAUUGCACAAUUUAUUAUGACAGUGGAUGUUGAAAAGAGAAUCAACUGUUGCCUCUUGUCUGCAUUACUCUUUCAGGGUUUGCUCAGAACCACCCUUCCUCAUCCCAAAGCUGAACGUUGCUAUGCUCAGUAUGAAAUCCUUCAGCUACUCCCCGGCCUUGAUCUCUUCUCUGACAGAUACCGGGCUGACAUCUGCUCAGUGGUCGCAAGUCUAUAUUACGUUAUACGUGAACUGCACUUUGCUGAGCAGAAUCUCAGAAUUCUACCUCUCCUCGCAUUGUACCAAUAUUUUGUUUCUGGAGUUUGCCAAGACCUAGUCAGAAACCUAGAAGCAAGAAUUCUCAAGAUAGAAGUUCUUAUAGACUUAAGAUUCUUUUCCGAAGCCUUUCACGAGAUAUCUCAGAUUUUUUAUGGGAAAAACAUGCCUUCCUCAGUACCUGCUGGCUGUAAAGCUAUUGGAAAAAUGAAGAUAUUUCAAUCAUUUGACUCUGGGAAACCCCUUACUAGUAAAGAAAAUAUACAGGCAAUCGAUGAACUAAUAAAUAAAGGCUUGCCUCUCGUUCUGGUUACAAUCGGUCAGCAACAUCUCUUAAAUAAGUUUUCUUUCGUUAAAGCGUACUUUUUCAUAAAAGUGGCUGCAACAAUAAAUUGUGUCCCAGAACGUAGGAUGAAAACAGUCUGCCAUGGACUCACUAAUGAGAAAAGCAGAGGAAACCUCUCAAGCCUGAAAGAUCUGCAUUUAAAGGAUGAAGGAGGCUCACUUACUCCGCUUGCGAAGAUGAAGGAGGACGUCACUCUUAGCGCACUAAAGUCGCUUUUACUGGCAGAAGCUGAAGACAGGCUCAACAUCCUUGCGUCAGAGAUGGGGCACCCAGACCACAAGGACCUCGCUAAGUGUUCAGCGGGCGACUUGGAGAUCAUGGUGAAGGUCAGGCUGCAGCUGGCUGCCAUCGCCCUGCAGAGACACCAGGCGGCGUACAGUGCCGCGAUCCUAUUCUCCACACUUAAACUUCUCCAGGAUUCAAAACUUUUUAAAAAGAAGGUAGUAGAAGAUGACACAGGAGGUUAUGCUGCUGAACAUGAAGAUGAUAAUGAGUUUUUAGAUCCCAUUUCCCUAAAUUCUCGAGAAUAUUUCAACAUUCACCUAUGGUUGAGGUGCCGCUUAGCAUUGGUGACUGCGUUCGUUGCACAGAUACGUGGCAUUGGAAUUGUGAAAGAAGAUGACAUAACAGAUUACAUGAGCCUCAUCAACGCCAUGUGUGUGGAGGCAAAAAGUGCAGGCGACAGGGAGCUACAUGCUGAAUUGCUGAUGCAAGCUGUGAUCAUUGGCCUACAAGAAAAGCAUUUAAAAGCAGACAUCAGAAAAAACCUUCAGGACAUAAUACAGUUGCUUGAAGGACGUGAGUUUAUUUCUCCUCGAUCUCACUUAACCCUGGUGAGAAGCAUGCUUUUGCUGGAUGACUUAACAAAAGCUGAGAAAUUCAAGGAAACUCCCUCUUCAAAAACAGAAAAAUUGUGUUUGUUGACUCAGUCUCACAACAUUCUUAUUGAACAGAUGCUGACUUUUGGAGAAACCAUUGAAUUUCCUUUAUCAAACAUGGACUAUGCAAGUCCAUUACUGCCUUUGAAAAAUAUCUAUCUUCCUCAUGUCAUGUUACUGGCCAAAACAAAAAUGAGGAUUGGACAUACAGUGGCCAAGCAAACCUAUCAUACGAGUAAAAGGAGGGAUCCCUCGAAGUGGUUACCCGCCCUUCACCUUUUUGAAGUCGCUCUGAAGCUUGCUAAGACAUCAGGAGCAGAAGAGCAUGAGGUAGAAGCUGAAAUCUGUUUUCAGAAAGGCAAAAUAGAAUGUCAAAUACUGAUGGAAGAGAAAUCUCCAAUUUUGCAGCUUAAGAGUUUAUUUGAAGCUAUACAACUGAGCCUGAGACAUGAUCAAAACUCAAGGUUGAUAAGAGACGCCUACCUAGAAAUAGCCCUGCUCUUUUUACACAUGAGGAAGCCAAAGAGAAAACUUUCAGCAUCACCUGUAACACUUAAGGCUGUUCCCAGAAGGCGUAGUUCUGUUAAAGAACCCACAGUAAACAAAUCUGAAAUGUACAGUUUAUUUGCCUGGAUUGCAAUAAGAGCUGCUAUGCAGGUCAGCGAGGCUGUGCUGGCAAUUAACCUACUUAUUGGAAAGAAGAAUGCUAGAACUGAUAAAGUUAGCCAAGGGGCAUUACCACAUAUCCCAGAAUUUGCCACCAUGGAUCUUUUGUCUUCAUACACAGAUUAUUUGCGUGAUAACUACCAAGUUGUCUUCCAGACGGGCUAUACAGACUCUUGCCCAAGUGAUGAUACAUAUGAGAAUGCAGAUGCCGGAACAAAGCCCCCAUCUAAAGUGGAUAUUACAUGGAUUCUUCUGCUGCGCUACUAUAUUCACCUGCAAAGAAUUAAUAAUGUGAGCAAGCUGCUAGCCUCUCGGAAGCCAGGAUCUGGAAUGUCUUUGCCAGAUGACACACUUCUGACUUCUCUUUUCAACUCUGGGUUCAUGCUGCGCCAAAAAGAAAUGCAUUUUUUCCUGAAAAGAUUCUUACAGCUGUACUCUGCCUCUUGUAUUGAUGAAUUUCCAAUAGAACUACUUCAAGUCACGGAGAAUCCGUCUUUUUCAGAAAAAAUCAUAUAUGACUCAUCAAGCAAGUCACGUCAUGAAAGUUCUUUAUACUCCGAUUCAUCAUUAAAGGUUUUUACCAGCCCAUCAUACGGAGAGGUGGUAUCAUCGGUCAUGGCAACACAAGCUUUAAACAAAGAACUUUGCUUUCAGUGGUACAUUCCUCCCCUGGAAAAACCUCCAAAGGAAACAGAACCUAUGGUGUUAUUGUUGUAUGCGUAUAAUAUGAAGCCCCUGAAUGUUUCAGAUGUUGCAUCUACUGCUUACAGCAGUGUAUACACUGGCUCUUUCUGGGUUCCACUGAACAGAGUUAUUUCAAUUCAUGAGAAACUAUCUAACCUUACGCAAAUUGCUGAAAUAUCAUUGCCAACACCUCCUAAAGUUGCUUCAAAUGAAAAUGUAUCCGAAGUACAAGAAACAGAAGAGAAAUCAGUUGAUAAAGAACUGGAACACAUGAUUAUUGACUGUUGCUCUGAAAUAGUGUCUUUGUUCUUCAUGGAUGGAGAGAAACCACCACUGUCUGAGGUCCCAUUUGAUAUUUCGCUGCCAUCUAUAUUCAGUCUUGAGAGACUGUUUGAUCUUGCUAAUGGCUGUAUCAUAUCAGGAGGAAGCCUUUUCGACUGGGUAGUGUCGAUUAUUCCCUGAACAUCCUUUACAUGUUAUCCUCAUAAAGGAUUUAAUUGUUACUGUUCUUCUUGGUUUGAAAUAAAUCUUUGGAACUAUCCUCUUAUAACAAAAUAAAAUUGUU